AUGCCUGGAAGAGUCGCCGGCUCGUCGGCCAAAUCCGCCGCUGCUGCCUCGAAACCACGAACCUCUCGAACUGCUAGAGCUGCUGCCUCGUCGCCAGUCAGCAACAUCCCCGACGAAGGACCAACCACAAAGCUGCGAAACCAUGUCGCUGCCGUUUUCUCAGAUGCUCAAAAGUCAAACACCGGCCACCGUAAACUCGUCAUCAAUCUGCGCAAGAUCCAAGAGGCCUGCUGCUACGAACCUCUGAGCUCAAAGAAGAAGCAAGCCGAGUACGAUAACGACGAGGAUGAAUUCAACACCGAGGUCGUCCGCUGUGUCUUGCGCGUCCUGCCAAUCAAGAAGAGCGAGACUGUCGGCGAUCGCAUUGUCAAGUUCUUGGGCAUCUUCUUGCGAGUGGCCAGCGAAAAGGACAACCAGCUUGUAGCUGAUCACGAUGGUGCCCUGCCAGAGACUCCUACUUCGCGUCUGACCAACGCCAUCCUCAACACUCUAUUACAGUUGCUUUCCACCAAGGACAAGAUUGUGCGAUUCAGAGCCACCCAGAUCAGCGCUCACAUCAUCAACACCCUCGAUACUCUGGAUGACCAGAUGUUCCACCUACUUCGUCUGGCCCUGCUCAAGCGUAUUCACGAUAAGGAGUCGUCGGUCCGAAUGCACGCCAUAUACGGUUUGAGUCGUCUGGCCGCCGAGCUCGACGAGGACCAACAGGACGAAGACAGCGACGACGAUGACGCUAGCUCGGGUGUCUUGGAGAAACUGCUCAACGUCCUACAGAACGAUCCCUCCGCCGAAGUCCGCCGAGCCCUCCUCCUCAACCUUCCCCUCACACCCACGACCCUCCCAUACCUACUCGAACGCGCUAGAGACCUGGACGCUGCAACACGCCGCGCAUUGUAUGCUCGUCUCCUGCCUGCAUUGGGCGACUUCAGACAUCUCAGUUUGACUCACAGAGAAAAGCUGCUGAGAUGGGGUCUCCGCGAUCGUGACGAGACGGUCCGCAAAGCCACGGCUCGUCUGUUCAGAGAACGCUGGAUCGAGGACUGUGCUGCGCUGCCUGCAGCCACUGCUCCAGAAGAAGAGACGGAAGACGGGAAGAAAAAGCCUAGUGUCACAAAAGUCGCCGAUCCUAGCCUCGAAGCUCUGCUCGAAUUGCUCGAACGCAUCGAUGUCGCAAACUCUGGAAACACUGGAGGCGUGGCACUUGAGGCCAUGAGCGAGUUCUGGGAUGGUCGUCCUGACUACAGAGAAUAUGUCUCAUUUGACUCUGAAGCCUUUUGGGAUGAGAUCUCUCCAGAGAGCGUCUUCGUUGCUCGCACAUUCAACGAUUAUUGCCGCGCCAAAGAUGCUCAAGGAGACGGCAGGCUGCUAGAUAUGCUUGAGAUGAAGAUGCCCGAAGUCACAAAGUUCGGUUUCCUGCUCGAGAUCCAAAUCAACAGACUGAUCGAGUGCGUGCGUGGAGCUGCUUCUGGCGGACCUGAUGGAGAUGGCGAUGAAGAGAUGGAAGAAGAGAGCGUUCAGCGCGAAUUCAUCGUUGAGCAAAUGCUUCACAUGGCCAUCAGCUUUGACUACAGCGAUGAAGUUGGCCGAAGAAAGAUGUUUGGCCUGAUGCGCGAGGCUCUUACUAUGCCUGAGUUACCGGAAGAGUCAACUAGACUGGCCGUAGAAACUCUGCGUCUAGUCUGCGGAGAUGACAGGAGCGACAAAGGCGAGAGCGACUUCUGCGGCAUCGUUCUCGAGGCCAUUGCUGAAGUCCAUGAUACUAUCAUGGGUGACGAAGCUGAUAAGACAAAGAGCUCGACAGGAGAAGAAAGUUUCCAUUCCGCCAGGAGUGAGGUCAGCAACGACGGUUCAGCGAGUAGGAGUAAGAAAUCUAGGCGCUCGAACAACGAUGAUGGGGAAGAGGAAGACGACGAUGAGGAAAAGGCAAUUCGUGAGAUCAUGGUCAACAUGAAAUGUCUGCAUAUCGCACAAUGCAUGCUGCAGAACAUUCAAUGCGAGCUCGAGCAGACCGUUCACCUAGUGACUAUGCUCAACAACCUCGUCAUUCCAGCUGUCAGAAGCCAGGAAGCGCCCAUAAGAGAGCGUGGCCUGGUCUGUCUGGGCCUUUGCUGCUUGCUCGGAAAGAACCUCGCGCAAGAAAACAUUGAGCUCUUCUUGCAUUGUUUUGCCAGAGGUCACGCAUCUUUGCAGACUAUUGCACUCCAGAUCAUUACCGAUAUCCUCACAACACAUCCAUCAUUACUCGCUCCUGUUGCCUCAUCGGGACAUGGUGACGAGACCUCUGCCACAAUUUCCGCUACCGAACCAUCACCACUACUCAAGCCCGUUCUCAAGACCUUCUCCAAAUCGUUGAAGUCGGAAGAUGUGGAUGUUCAGUCGACUGGCGCAUCGGCCUUGUCAAAGCUCAUGCUUUCGCAGUUGAUAAUCGAUCCUGACUUGCUCAAGGGCUUGGUCAUUGCAUUCUUCGAUCCAGAGACCAGCAACAAUGCAUCCCUCAAACAAGCACUGACAUACUUCCUACCCGUGUAUUGUCAUUCAAGGGCAGCAAAUGCAGAGAGAAUGGCUACCAUCGCCACAGGAGUCAUUGGCCGCCUCGCCGCUCUCAGAGAAGCCUUCAUCGAAGACGAGGAUGUCGAAGAAAGCGAAAUGGUGACGCUGAGUGUCGUCGGUGGCAUGCUCGUCGACUGGACAGAUCCGCGAAAGGUGAUCGGCAGUAGCGAAGAGGCAAAGACUGGCAAGCUCAAAGUGGAAGAGGGAGCUGCUCCCGACAGCGACAUGAUCCACUUUGUGCUUGCAGAGCAGAUACUCGAGAAACUGGUCACCAGCCAAACGAGCAAGGACGAACGCAAAGUACUGUUCUCAAUGCUGAGCAAACUUCACCUUGCCGUCUCUUCUCCAGACCCAGGUCUCCUCCGUACCGUUCUGGAGCUCGUCGCAGAAGCCAUCGAGUCAAAGGUUGCAUCCGACGCAACCAGCCGCAACGCCCUCACCAAGAUCCAAACCACCCUCCUCAAACUCAUGCACGACAUCGCCACAGCAGAAAGAGGUGGACACGGUAGCGAAGAAACAGUACUCGAAGAUGUCACAGCCGUGCAACGCACCGACGUUGACGAGACUGCACAAUCUGUGACUGGUGCCGCAGAGGAACAAGAAGAAGCCACAGAGGUCGAGGUCGAUGCAGAGAACGACCCCGUCAAUGCGCAAUUGAGAAGGGAACUGGAGUCUACACGAAUCGAAGAUCCCGAUCUUGAGGGCACAAGGAUGGACGUUGACGAGGAGAUGGAAGAUUAUGACUUCAGCGGUAUGGCUGAUGAUAAGGAUGUGCAGGCUUUGAUGGAUAGCAUGGUUGAUGAGGAUGAGGAUCUGAUUGAGUGA